AUGGGCGCGACCCAGUGCGGGUUCUGUUGCCUGGCACGGGAGAAGGCCCCUGAUGGCCAGCAGCCCCAAGCUGUGACCCUAGGCCUCCCGGACCUGCUGACCAAGCGCAGGGACUCGAAGGCCAGCCCUGACGACAAAGAGGAGAAGGGCAAAGAGGUGUGCGGCACAGGAAGUGAGGGCAGCGAGCCCCAGCCCGCCUCACAGCAGGAGACCAAGAAGGCCACGGCCGCAGAGGAGCGCGAGGCUUUCCUUCAAGCUCUUAUGCGGGACCGCGCCGAGGCAGACCGCAUCGAAAUCGAAGCUCGCAAGGAGGCCAAGCGGGCGGAAACCCUGCGGCGCCUUGAGGCCACGAACCGCGCCAUCCGUGCGCAGUUCGACCAGAUUGCACAGGCCGCGGAUAGCAAGGAGGCCAGUGUCCAAUUCAUGGCCGGGGUGGAGGAAAUUCCGAUGGACCGACCACUUGCCCCAUGCGUGCCUGCAUCUUCCACUUCGUCCAUGACAGGAGUUGUCAAGAAACCCAUAUUGAAGGGCGCUGGCGAGCGCAAGCACGUGGCUCCCUGCCAUGGGCAAGCCCGCCAUGGGCAAGCCCGCGGGGAGGAAACUCCAAGUUCCUCUAAUGACAGCGUGUACCCUGACUAUGAUGAUGGGGAGGACUUGGUGUGCUUUGAGGACUGA